CUCUCUCUCUCUCACAGAGAGCCUUAAGAAAAGCAGCGUUCCUUCUUGAGCAGGACAGAGAAGUGAGUUUAACACCGAGCAAAACUUCAUCGAUUAACUCAGUGCCCGAUGUGUUUUCUUCAGCGGAUACGCGUGAACAUCUGCUGGAGGAUUUCAGUCGGUCGUGAAUAUGAAGAUGUUGACAGGACUGAGCAUCACACUUCAAUAAGAGGCUUCAUUUACAGACAAACACUGAAGUGCAUUGUGGGAGAUUUCUACUGUUCCUGAAACAACAGAGCCACACUCUUCUGAGGAGGCUGACUGUCACGUUAAUCCACUUCCAUCUCAAAGCUGUGCAACCUGUGAAUGUGCAGAUGUGAAUGUGCACGACGACAGAUCGGGACGUUUUGACUGCUUCGCGGAGCCACAGACAGACGGACAGACAGACGGACAGACAGACAGACGGACAGACAGACAGACAGACAGACGGACAGACAGACAGACGGACAGACAGACAGACGCAGUGCAGCCGGCCGUCAGUGUGGAGUGACUGUGGAGAGAGAGAGAAGCGCGUGUGUGUGUUUGUGAGGCAGCGACACACACACGCUCAUGUCCUGCUGGUGUAGGCGGGCGGCUCGGGUCUCAGGGAUGGAGCUACAGGUCUGGAUGGAAACUCGGUGGACGCGACUGCUGGUGUUUUGGGGUCUGAUGUCGCUGCUCUCGUCCGUUCAGGCAAACGUGUUGGACAGCAUGUUAGUGAGGAAUUCUGGGAAGGCGACGGUGGGCAGUAGGAAGGACAGCAGUGGCAGCACCGCACCUGUGAUUCUAGAGGAAAUGUUAUUGUGUCACUGUUACAAUCAAUGUCCUGAAGACUCCAUCAACAACACCUGCAGGACGGACGGCUACUGCUUCUCUAUGGUGGAGCAAGAGGAAGACAAAGCUCCGGUUAUAGCUUUCGGCUGUCUGUCGUCUGUGGGGUCAGAGUUUCAGUGUAGGGACACAGGAAACGCUCGUCUGAGGAGAAUCAUGGAAUGUUGCACGGAUCAGGACUACUGUAACCGAGACUUCCGUCCCACACUGCCUCCGCUCGAGAGACCCGAUCUGGAGGGCAGCGUUCAUUAUUUGGCUCUUCUGAUCUCUGUGUGCAUCUGCUGUUUGCUUCUGCUCUUCAUCAUUAUAUUCUGCUAUUACAGAAAAAAGCGUCAGGAGACUCGAGCGCGGUACAGCAGGGGUCUGGAACAGGACGAGACCUUCAUUCCUGCUGGAGAAUCUCUGAGGGAUCUGAUCGAACAGUCUCAGAGCUCAGGCAGCGGUUCAGGACUCCCUCUGCUGGUGCAGCGGACGAUCGCAAAGCAGAUCCAGAUGGUGAAGCAGAUCGGGAAGGGUCGGUACGGUGAGGUGUGGAUGGGCCGCUGGAGAGGCGAGCGAGUGGCUGUGAAGGUCUUCUUCACCACGGAGGAGGCCAGCUGGUUCAGAGAGACCGAGAUCUACCAGACCGUCCUCAUGAGACACGAGAACAUUCUGGGUUUCAUCGCGGCAGAUAUUAAAGGCACGGGCUCCUGGACGCAGUUGUAUCUGAUCACAGACUACCAUGAAAACGGAUCGCUGUACGACUACCUCAAAUCCACCACGCUGGACACCCUCUCCCUGCUGCGGCUGGCCUACUCCGCCGUCUCGGGUCUCAGUCACCUGCACACGGAGAUCUUCGGCACGAAGGGAAAACCGGCCAUCGCACACCGAGACCUGAAGAGCAAAAACAUCCUGGUGAAGAAAAACGGCACCUGCUGCAUUGCGGAUCUGGGACUCGCCGUCAAAUUCAUCAGUGACACGAACGAAGUGGACAUCCCUCCCAACACGCGAGUCGGGACCAAACGCUACAUGGCGCCGGAGGUUCUGGACGAGAGUCUGAACCGGAGUCACUUCCAGUCGUACAUCAUGGCAGACAUGUACAGCUUCGGUCUCAUUCUGUGGGAGAUCGCCAGGAGAUGCGUGUCUGCUGGGAUUGUGGAGGAGUAUCAGUUACCGUAUCAUGAUCUGGUGCCCAGUGACCCUUCAUAUGAGGACAUGAGGGAGGUGGUCUGUAUUAAGAGACAGAGACCCUCUUUUCCCAACCGCUGGAGCAGCGAUGAGUGUCUACGGCAGAUGGGUAAACUCAUGACGGAAUGCUGGGCGCACAAUCCCGCGUCGCGUCUGACCGCACUGAGGGUAAAGAAGACGCUCUGCAAGAUGUCCGAUUCUCAGGACAUUAAACUGUGACGCAACCAAACGUCCCGUCCAUAACGCUGAGAGAGGCGCCAACAGAGCGGCUUUAUUCCUGCUUUCUGUGAAAGCUCAGACAGACACAAGCACCCACAGAUCACAUCCCGAGUGUCUGAACUCAAAACCAUCAUUACUGAGAAAAAAAGACUCGAUAUUUAAAAACAUCACUCCAUAAAAACUUUAAAUGUGUGUUUGAAACCUUCAUCAAUCCUUGACAGAGAAAUUCUGUGUUUGGACAUAAACGUUAUUGGCUGAAAUUAAGAAAGGUCUUUUUUUCAUGUCAUGUUUCUUGCUGAUUCAUUUUAAAUGAUGAUGAACUUUAUCGUUUGGCUUGUGGUCAUGUUUAACUCUCUGCCUGUUUUGUUAAUUUGAGAGCCUUGCAAAAUAUGAAUGUAAAUAUUCAAUGUUGUCAGAGAAAAUGUUUGCCAGAAAUGUAUGUACAGGAUGUUUUGCCGAUCUAUUCAAUUUGCCUUGUGCCUUAUUUAACAUGUACACCUCUAAUAUUUGAUAGUUUAUGUAAAUGGAGUGAAAUAAAUGUAUGUAUGCGUUUAAAAUUCCACAUUUAAUAAAGUGGAUUAAAUUCUA